GCAAAUUUAAUAAGAAUUAACAAAACUAAUAUACGUUAUUUGUUUGAUUUACAAAAUAAUAGUCAAAUGUCGUCAGCAGUUAUACUUUCAUUAUUAUAUCAAGUGCUUCUGUAUCUAAAUAUGUUUUACUUUGGAAUGUUUGCAACUUGCGAGUUCUGUAUGAAAUGUGUCAAAGCAUAUAACUUCCCUACCAGUUUUGGUACGAUAUCAAUGGAGUUUGCACUGCUACUUUUUCUUAUAACCACGGAAGGCAUAAGAAUUUACUUGGGUAGAAAAGGAAAUUUAUUGGAUCAUGGUUUACCAUUUCUAUUAGGAAUAGCCUUGAACGUGCCUAGUACCUUAGCUACUCUUUACUUUUUAUUCUGGCAAGACAGAACCUUAAGAUUGGAACAAAUUUUAUGUGGAAUACAAAUUGUACUACUUGCGUCGGAACUUAUCGUUGCGAUUAUGUUUCUGGUAGCAGUUUAUAGACGACCACCUCCAGAAGGCUGAAUUUUUAUAUAACACGUAUACUAUCAUAGACCAAAGAUUAAGCAUGAGUCAUUAUUUAUAUUUAUAUAUUUAUUACCGAAUACUUAUUUUAAAGCUUGUUUGUCACAUUA